AUGGUCUUCGUGGCCGUGGACCGAGAGGCGUCAGGGGAUGCCGAUGCCGACGUUGCAUCCCCCAAGAACAGGAGUUCCGUCUACCAUGUGUCCAUGGACAUGGCCGGCACCGGCAUCGAAUCGCGCGCCGACCCCGACGCCCACACGACUGUUAGCGACUUUCUCGACUUUACCGAAUACCUGCCCUCCGAUAUCGUGCGAUCCCUGACGCUCAUCGGGAAGCUCGACGAGGCCUACGCCGAUGCCUCGCACAAGGUGGACGACCUGACGGCGCAAUGGGGACGGCUGCCGAGUCUCGCGGGCGAAGAGAGGCCCGACCCGGCCAAGCUGCGCGCCGACAUCUCGGAGCAGCUGCAGCAGGCCGUCAGCUCCCGCGUUUUCUCUCAUGCCGAGGCGGUCAGGAUGUCGGAGAACGUGAUGCGGCACCACGCCAAGGCCAAGCUGCUGCUCUCGAAGCUUCAGAGCAUGAUGGAACACUACCCGGCCGAGGAGCCGAAAAGCCCACUGGUGCCCAAGUCGCCGCAGACGUCUCGGGCCAAGUCGUCGGUGCGGCCGACGGGGGUGGAUGGAAAGAAAAUCUCCCGACACAAGAUCCCCCGCGUCACCGUCCCUGGCGAAGUGCUGGCGCCCUAUGAUAUCCACUACGACUCCUGCACCGACGAAAGCGACAUUUCCUCCGACUCCGAGUCGGACAUACCCGCGGGCGGGCGCCGCACGCCUGCCCCGGCCUCACGCAUCAAGCUGAUGGCCAGCAAGGGCCACAAGCAGGCGAGCCGGCCUUCUCGCCAACCGUUCACGUCGGCGGCCAUGACGGCGGCGGUGGCGGCCAACGCGGCGGCCUUGCUGAAUCCGCCCCCGGAGGGCGCCGUCGUCGGCAGCGCGGACGCCCCCUGGCUGCAGCUCACAGCCUACGAGCUCGCCAAGCUGAGGAAGCGCAUGAAGAAGAACGCAACCUGGGCACCGAGCGACACCAUGGUGGCGCGCGAGCUGAAGAAUUUGGGUCGCGGUCCCGACGAAUACCGCGACGCCAAGAAGCAGGCGGCAGCGGAGGGCAGGCCGUUCAAUCCUACGGUGCCGAUUCCGAUGGUCGACAAAGCCUCGGGCGUGCCGCAGCUUCCGGCGGGAGCCAUGAGCGUCGACGCCCUCGGCAGCGGAGACCAACCUCCCACCACCAGCACCAGCACCAGCACCAGCACCAGCAGGGGCAUGAAGCUCAACGAAGCGAAGAGGGUCAAGCGGGAGGCGUUGGCGAAGCUCGCCGCGGAAGAAGCCGAGGAGUCGGCGAGGAAGAUGGCGCACGCGGCCCAGCUCUUUCUCGGGAACGGCGGCCCCGGCAACUCGCAGGACGCCAGGACGCCCUCCGGAAAUGCCAGGACGGGAUCGCGGUCGAACGGCAAGCGGAAGCGAGACGCCGAGGCCGACGCUCCGGAGGCGGAACGAGGCGAGACGCCGUCGCGUCCUCUGUCGAAACGAAGCAAGACGGAGACUCUCGCGCCCCCCCCGCGCCAGUCCUCGGUCGGUCAAGGCAUGGACGGCUCCGGCUCUGGGAAUCCCGCCCUUCUCACGCCCGGCAGCACCGCGGCCGUGACCCAGUCGGUGACGCCGGUACCGAUCCCGAUGCCUCCGCAGAACCAGUCGGCGAGAUCGGCGGCCUCCCCGACGUCGGUGACGUCCAACGGAAACACCAUCACGACCAUGAUACCGAUCAAGCCCCCGGCUUCGCAGACGCCCAUCCCGCUCCCCAGGACGGAUCAGCGGCGGACGAUGACGCCGAUACCGGCGCCGACUCGAGACGCCAACACGAGGCGGGAGACGAGGGGAGAGGCGGCCAAGCGCACGCAGCAGCAAGCAUCGGCUCCGUCGCACGCGGCCGAGCCGUCGAUCAGACAGUCCAGCUCACGCGGACCGACGCCGGCACCAUCCAUGACUCCCGAAUCGCAUCCGGGGCGGCGGCCCAGCUCUCGAGGCGCGGCUAGUCAAGAGCCACCGGCCUCGUUGGCGACGGACCGAACGCGGCGCGCCAGCACGGCACGCAACACGCCGGCGCCCGAAUUCAAGCAGCCGCCGAAGCGGACGAAGCGGCCGGCGCCCGGCGUCGUCAGCACCACUAACAGCGGCGGGAACAGCGCCGUCGGCAAGCGCAAGGCCGCGCCGAGGAAGAAGGCCCGUCAGGCGGCGGAGGCGGAGCUGGAGGAGGUGGAUGACGAGGGAAAGCCGAUCGAUCCGGACGAGCCUCGUUACUGCCUCUGCAACAACGUCGGCUUCGGCACCAUGAUCCAGUGCGACAACCUCGAGCAUUGCAAGGAAGAAUGGUUCCACCUCGGAUGCGUGGGCCUCUCCGACAUUCCGGCCCGCACGACGAAGUGGUACUGUCCCGACUGUCGAAGGCUCCUCAACAUCGGCGAGAGAGGCGAGGUGAGCGCGCGCGGUGUGAGAAAGUAG